AUGAAGAUGCGAAACAGCCCUUUUCAUGGGGCCGGUGGGUACACUGGAUUUAGAGCUAGUAACUUCACAUUCAAGAAAGCUGUGAAGAAAGUGAUGAGAGAUCGGUCAAAUAACCAAUUCAUGGUUCAGAUGGAGAACAUGGUCAGAAGAAUUUUUCGAGAGGAGUUUGAUCGUCGUAUUCAACCUUACCUCUCUUCGUCGUGGGCCCAAAUGGAGCAACCGCGUUCGGAAACGUCGUCGUCGCGUUCACGAUACAAGCUGCGAUUCAUUAACUCGCCGCCGCCGUCGAUAUUCACGGGUGGCAAGAUCGAAACCGAGGACGAAUCUCCAGUAGCUAUCGAGCUCAUCGACGUCACCACGAACGCUCGAGUCGUCUCGGGACCUCUAGCUUCUUCUCGGCUCGAGAUCGUGCCGCUGAACGCCGACUUCACGGAGGAAAACUGGAACGUUGACGGAUUCAAACGUAAUAUUCUCAAGUCACGCGAAGGAAAACGGCCGUUACUCACCGGAGAUCUAACGGUGACGCUUAAAGACGGCGUCGGAGUGAUCGCCGGAGACGUCUCUUUCUCGGAUAACUCGAGCUGGACGAGGAGCCGGAAGUUCCGGUUAGGUGCUAGACUGACCGGAGGUGGAGCCGUUGAGGCGAGGAGCGAAGCUUUUGGGUGUAAAGACCAACGAGGAGUACCGUAUAGGAAGCACCAUCCUCCUUAUCCCAGUGACGAGGUUUGGAGACUAGAGAAAAUCGCGAAAGAUGGCGUUUCGGCGACGCGUUUGGGUGAACAGAAUAUUUAUACCGUUAAGGAUUUCCGCCGUUUGUAUGCGAUAGCUCCAAAUGAGUUAUACAGCAUACUUGGUGUAGGAAUCUCAAAGAGAACAUGGGAAGCAAUUGUAUCCCACGCGAUGCGUUGCGUUUUGGAUGAAACAGAGUGUUACAUAUACAACGCAAACGCGCAUGGCGUGUCUCUUCUCUUCAACUCUGUUUAUGAAGUGAUCAAAGUGUAUUUCGGCGAUGGCACGGUUGUAAACCCCGAUCAGCUACCUAUCUAUCAGCUUGAACAGCUGAAGCGUGAAGCUUAUCUAAACCUAAACCGUUUUAGGCCGUUUACGGGUCUUCAUCCACAAAGGUCCUUGCAAUGCACGCAAGAUCCCGGAUUUGGCGUAGCUUGUCCUGCUUUGCAGCACAUCGACUUUCAAGGAAAUUCGGGCCCAUCAGACUCUUCGAUGUCGACUGUUUACUUCAAGACUGCAAGCUCCACGGUCCAACCCGAAAUGGUGAUGAGUUUCGAAAACUCACCAACUGCGACGUUUCAUAUGGACGAAAAAUUAUUACAGAGUCUCAGAAACAGCUUCGGACACGAUCCGGUACACGGCGAAUCAUCACGAACUGAAGAGACAAGAGGCUAUGUAGAGAAUGAAGAGGAUGGUGUUCAUGAGAACAAUUUAGCUUACCAAGACCAUCAUGAGACGCGCUCGAACUGGUCACCUGGUGCGGCGGAUUGGGAGCAACAAAUGUAUAACUUGUAUGUUAGCGUGUCUGGCACGGAAGAAGCUGGAACGUAUGAUGUUCGUUUUGGUAACGGUGCGGGAUCUCCGAGAGGCAGGUGGUGUAAGGUUAAGGCAGCUUUCAAGCUCCGAGAGGUUUGGAGACACACAAAUGCUAAGAGACGAGGGAAAUCUUGUAAGAAGCCUUGUCUGCCGUAUUAG